AUGGAUGGUGUUAUCAAAGCUAAACCUAAGGGUGUUGGGGACAUCGUUCAAGACCCGAGUAGGGGUGUGUUGCUUGCUCGUGUCACAUUCCGCCACCCCCUUUUGGCAUAUACUGUAGACAUGUCAGUUUGUAUAGCGUGGCAGAAAGGUCAAUUUGACGGCGAGGAACGUUUUGCCUGUGAGAAUGUAAAGCUUGACGAAUGGGCUUGGGCUGCCGUAAGAAGAAAACGAACAGAAAUUCCCCAAGUAUCAGAGUUCAGAGACCAGGCUCCCAAAAGAGUUUUUGAAAAGCUUGAUGCGACUCUAGAAAAACACUCUCAGCAUGAGGAGCUUGUGGCAUGGGAGCAAAACCAUCAUGAGUUUAGCAUAGACAGAGAGAAAUAA